GAGAGAGAGAGAGAGACCGCAGACACGGGUUUUGGAAGCUCUAUCUUGUGAGACGACGGCCCUCUCUUCUCCAUUGGCUAUGGCGAGUACGAUUUGGAAGCCACUGGAUUAGACUUGCACAGUGAAAAUAAGAUCUUCGAUGUAGUCUGUUCGUAGAGAUCGAGCGGAGCGCUUUCGAUCGAGUUCUGUUUUGCAUCAUUUGGUUUGGAGUUGGAGAAGAUUCCCUGGAAAUGGUGGAUUUAUGGUACCUUCUUGAGUUAGGGGUUCGUUUCGAGAUCAAGGAGCCUUGGUGAGGUUGUCUACUCUCAUAGAGUGAUGCUUUUCGGGCUGGCGAAUCAUGGCAGGAGAAGUUGAAGAGUGCAUUACCCAUCAGGUUGAGAGUUUAUCAAGUGGUUCCAUAUCAUUUGGAAGAUUUGAACUUGAAUCUUUGUCCUGGGAGAAAAGGUCAUCAUUCUCGCAUAAUAGAUAUCUUGAAGAAGUUGAAAAAUACUCCACACCAGGUUCAGUUACUAGAAAGAAAGAAUACUUUGAAGCCCACUUCAAGAAAAAGGCCCUUCUUCAUCUGGUUUCAGUGGAGAAUCAAGAGGAGACAGAAACUAAACAUGCUGAAAGCAGCAGUUCUGUUGAUAAUGAUAGGGUCAUGGAAGAUUUCAUGUGUCAUGGUGACAGUAAACUGGUUGAAGUUUCUUGGGAUGAUAGAGAUGCUCCAGCUGUCUCAGAUGAACAUGAAGCAGUUGAACUUCAAAAAGAGGAAAUGUCAUUAAUAGAAAAUACAGGAUUUCCAUCUUUCAACAGUGAAAAACACACAGAACUAUUUACUGAGCGUUUGACUUCUGAUGAUGCGCUUCAAAGUCAAGCUGGAGAUAAUGGUGUACAUUUAGAUGAAGGUAGUCUUUGUGGGAUUGUGGAAGAUAAAACUUUGGAUUCUAAUGCAAAUAGUGAAAAACUGGCUGACAAUAGGGAUGCUUCAUCAAAGAAUCGUGAGACUAAGAAAAAGAACGCGUCCAUCCAAAUGAAAAAUCAAAACGUUUCAAUGAAGAUUAGUGACACAGUUGAGCAGAAAGCCGGUAAAUCAAAAUUUAAGUCAAAUUUGCCGACUCAGCAGAUGUCAAAGAAACCUUCAAGGAACGGCAGCUCUGUUACGUAUGGAAAGCUUAAGAAAGCUGACAAGCAAAAUUCACCAGCAAAACUGGAAAACCAAAUACCUUCAAAAGUUUCAUCUUCUACAUCCAUAGAAAAUGUGAAUUUUAAAAAAAUGGCUUCUAGAAAUAUGAAAGCUCAAGUUAAUUCAGAGCUUAAAAGUGAGGAAGGUGUAAGAGCAAAAAAAGCUGAAGUUAUGUCCCAUCCGGUUGAAAGAAGAGCAAGUAAUAUGCGCCAACAUGUGAACAGGGUUAAAUUGAUAUCUAAGGCUGAAGAUAAGCAAACUUCUGCUGUCUUUAAAUUCAAAAGUAGUGAAAGGGCUGAGAAAAGGAAAGAGUAUUACUUGAAGUUGGAGGAGAAGCUUCAUGCCAAAGAGGCUGAGAUGACUAAGAUUCAAGCUAGAACUGAGCCAUUUGUACAGGAGGUGAAAGAAGCAGAGAUGAAGCAAUUUCGCAAAAGCCUCAACUUCAAAGCAACUCCUAUGCCAUCUUUCUAUCAUGAAACUGCUUCAAAGGUCUCUGAAGGAAAAAAGACAUCUACCAUACUAGCUAAAUCUCCAAUCACUCAGAUCAAGUGUGCAACUCCUCCAGUUCAGCCAUCUCAUGAAAAAUCACUUCCAUCUCCUACAUCAAAUCAAGAAACCCCUGUGCUCUGCGAACCGCAUGGUUCGACCCAGCCGGUCUCUCCUUCAGUCUCGAGCUGCACAGACAAAGUAGACGGAACCGAGACGUCGAACUAUUCUGCGAAAAAGCCCGAUGUUUUGAAGGGAGAAGAGAAAGGCAAGCUCAAUUCAUCACAAACUCAAGGUAAUGGCAUGAGAAAGAAAGAGGCGAGUAAGAAUAGAAUGAGAAGUGAGGUUGUGGGCAAGAUGAAGGGUAUUGAUGGUGGAAAUUUGGCUGUUCAUGUUGCCUCCUAAGGCAUAUUUCUAGUAUAAAUUUGAUUAAUUUGUUGAUGGCAGUAGGUAGAAAGCUUCGAAAGAAAGUUUCUUUCUUUGAGUGAUCAUAUUUGUAGCAUUGUUAAUGAUCUCUGCACUCUCCAGUUACAGUUAAUUUUAGGAUAGCUGCCACUUUAAUGUGUAACCUUAAUAAGGAUGAUGGCUUGUUUGCUGUUUCUUUGAACAAAUUUUUUUUUUGUAACAGUUGAUGCUAUUUAGUCUUUU